AUGUGUGUAAUGUUAGUGGAACUUUCUGAUAAGAAAGAAUUUUUGAAAAUUCCUUUACAAGAAAUGAAGUUUAUCUUGAAUUCUGUACAUAUUGACAAAGAAUCUGAAAGUGAUGUCUGGAAUGCUAUAAGUAGAUGGAUAUCAUAUGACCCAUAUCGGCAUAAGUGUUGCUUUGAGAUUUUGAAGUCUGUGAAUUUAAAAAAAUUCUCUGUUGAGUUAAUUAAUGAUGUUAUCCGUGAUAACAAAAUUGUUGAUGCAAGUAAGGAUUGCCGUAACCUGAUCCUCGAUGCCCUUGUCGCUCAUGCAUCAACCAGCAAGGAAACAUCUAAAUCAUCUAAGAGUAGUAAACCAGCCAAGCCUGCUAUACAAAAGGCUUCAAGUAGCAAUAAGAGUUCCUCUUCUUCAAGCAGUGGUUCUUUCCAGGCUCCUGGACAAAUGAGUUCUAAGAUCAAGAAUACUUCAACUAAGUCAUCUUCGGCAAGUUCGAAACCUAGCAAUAUUAUAGCUGUUUUGGAUAAUCGAUGGGACAGCAUAUUGGCAUUUGAUCCAAAAAAUGCAAGUUGCCGUCAAAUGUGGAACAUACCAUUAGACAAGCAAAGCACAAUGAAGAAUGCUUCUUGGUUCCAAGCAGCUGCAAUCGGUUCUAUAAUAUUUGUCAUGUGUGAUAAAUCAUUUUUUAGCUUUGAUACGAUAAAUAAUACUUGGAAAAGCCUGACAUCUCCUCUUCAUCGCCAUGAUGAGCAUUCCAAAGCUAUCGGAUUUCAAUCAAAACUAUGUGUAAUUGGACAAAAUUCAGAAUUUUAUGAACCGCUGAAAGACGAAUGGACUGUCGCACCACUACCUGAUCUCUUGACUAUUAAAUUUUGUGUUGCUUCAACACCAACAAAACUAUAUAAAAUUGGCGGCGCAUUGAAGACUCAAGCUACGGGUUGGGUAUAUAUAUGGGAAUCUGAGUUUAAAAAUACCAAUCAUACAACAAUGAUCCAACCCAGAAAAUGUGCUUCAGCUGCGACUUCACAGGAAGAUUUAUAUGUAAUGGGUGGUAUCAAUGCAACAGAUGGAAUUUUAUCAUCCACUGAAUUCUAUAGCCCCAAGACAGAUACCUGGUGUAUGUUAUCUGACGUAAGAUGUCCAGUAUCUUUUUCAUCCUCUUCUUGUUUGCAAGGAGACAUUUAUUAUUUUGGGGGAAAUACCAUAGAAAAGUAUGAGAAAAAGAAGCACACAUGGAAUGUUGUCAAGAAAAUGGAUGCCAUGGGUAAUAAAUUUGCUGCUAUUGGCAUAACUUCUCAAUAG